AUGUCUCUUCAGAGCAAGAACGUUCGAUCUUCAUCUAAUUCAUAUAAUUAUGGCAAGCUCAAUUCAGCUCUCUCUAUGGCGACUCUCAAUCCGCAGGUCAUCAAAGCUGAGUAUGCUGUCAGAGGUGAACUGGCGAUUCGUGCAGACAUCCUUCGGAAGAAACUCCAAUCAGGGGAAAAGCUUCCAUUCAAGAAUAUCAUUUCGUGCAACAUUGGUAAUCCUUUUGUUGUCGGAAAGAAGGCCAUCACUUUUCCAAGACAAGUUAUUUCAUGCAUUGAGAACCCAGACCUCUUAAAUAUCAAGGAAAUCCCUGAGGAAGCUCGCCACAGAGCAGCACAGGUAUUUAAACAUUUUCCAGCUGGUUUAGGAGCUUACACUCAUUCUCAGGGUUUGGAUUUCGUCAGAGAGCACAUUGCAGAAUAUAUCAAGAAUCGUGAUGACGGUAUCCCAGCACAUCCGGAUAAAAUUUUCAUUACAACUGGUGCAAGUUCUGCUGUUACGACAAUUUUGAAUAUGAUUAUCGCCAAACCAAACGUCGGUAUUAUGAUUCCAUUCCCACAGUAUCCUCUCUACACAGCAGAGAUUGCUCUUAAGAACGGCCGUGUUGUUCCAUACUAUUUGAAGGAAUCUUCUAGGUGGAGUCUCGAUCUUGAAGAACUUAAUGAAUCAUACACUGUUGCCUCAAAAUCAGGUGUUGAUAUAAAGGCAAUUGUUGUUAUUAACCCGGGUAAUCCAACAGGUUCUGUAUUAACCGCUCAACAAAUGCGUGAUGUUAUUGAAUUCUGCGAACAAAACAAUAUUCUUCUCAUUGCUGAUGAAGUUUAUCAAUUCAAUACAUACAAUCCAGAGAAGUCUUUCAUUUCGUUCAAGAAAGUUGCUUCUGAAAUGAAGUCUUCUGUUCAACUCAUUUCCCUUAACUCUAUUUCCAAAGGCUUCAUGGGAGAGUGUGGUCACAGAGCAGGCUACAUGGAACUCUACCACAUCCCAGAUGAUGUUAAAGCUCAAUUCUAUAAGAUGGCUUCAAUCCAACUUUGUCCAAAUACUGUUGGUCAAGUCAUUCUUGACAUCAUGUGUCAUCCACCAGAAUCCCCUGAAUGCCGUAAGCAAUGGGACCACGAGAGAGACACCGAACUUACAAAUCUUAAGAAUAAGUCACAAAGAUUGUUGAAUUGUAUAAACUCUCUUCCAGGACUUGAGUCUCAACCAGCUGACGGCGCAAUGUAUCUCUUCCCUUCAAUCCAUCUUCCUCUCAAAGCUCUAGAAGCUGCAAAAUCUUUCAGAGUUAAUGGAAAGCAUGUAUCGCCAGAUAUGUUCUGGUCUCUUCAGCUUCUGGAGCAGACAGGAAUUGCUGUCGUUCCAGGAUCUGGUUUCGGUCAAGUUCCAGGUACUCAUCACUUUAGAACAACAUUCUUACCAGAAGCCGAGCAGAUGGAUGAGAUGAUCGAGCGCCUGACAAAGUUCCAAAACGAUUUCAUGAAUAAGUAUCAGUAA